UUCUUAAUAAUUAAGCUGUUCGGGUCAGCCUAAUUAAUUUGGUAUGUAUCCGUUACUAGUAUUCACCAGGUAGGAGGAGUAGAGGAAAAAAAGAAGUCAAAAAACGACAAAAAGAUAGGGGAAAUCCAGCAAGCAACAAAGAACCAGAUUCUGAAGUAGUUGGCUAAUUUAAAAGGAGCACCAUCUUAUUUUGUAUAUAGAACACAAGGUGGAGCUGAGAUUCUAGAGAGAGAGAGAUUCUAGAGAGAGAGAGAGAGAGGGGGGACAAAAAGGGUAGCUGAAGGUGGAGGUAGCUCAUCUUUUCUUCUUGCAGUUGCCUUUUGUUCAGCUUUCUGAAAGGUUUUUAUGGAAGACCUAAAACAUCAUCUGAGUUGUGCGCCUUUUGCUUUUCCUAUCACCAUCUUGUUAAAUCUCGAAAUCAAGCAGGAAAAUGGACAUCAAGGGUUGACACAGUAAUAUGCUAGAAACAUGGGUAAAAAAGGCAGUUGGUUUUAUGCCCUCAAAAGGAUUUUUGCAUGCAACUCCAGGAAGAAGCUUACCUAUGGAUCAGCGAACAAAAAUGCUAAGGAAAAGAAGAAGGCCCGUAGAAUACUGAGGCAUGGAGAGUUCAAAUCAUUCCUCUUCAGAGAACCAAGCAGUAUUGAGAAAAUACUGGGGGAAGUUGAUGAUCAGAAACUACUUGUUAGGCCUCCUGCUUCUGAACAAUCUGGCAUUCCAUCUGCAUUCCCUGUGAGACCAACUUCCCCGAGAAUCAGUUCACCUAGAGCUGCAUCUCCUCAAAGUUCUUAUAGGGCUGCAUCUCCUAGUGCUACUUCUCCAAGGAUCGCCUCUCCAAGAGCAGCUUCUUCAAGUGUCAUCUCUCCUAGGGCAGCUUCUCCAAGGGCUACCUCUCCUAGGGCAGCUUCUCCAAAGGCUACCUCUCAUAGGGCAGCUUCUCCAAAGGCUAUCUCUCCUAGGGCAGCUUCUCCAACGGCAACCUCUCCUAAGGCAGCUUCUCCGAGAGUCUCUUCCCCUAGAGCUACUUAUCCUGAAGUGAGUAGGAACCACAAAGAGAUUAGCUAUGCUAACAGACUAGAACCAACUUUGACGCUCCAUCUUGCAGCAACCAAGAUACAGGGAGCCUACAGACGGCACAUGGGAAGGAGGAGUUUCAGGUCUUUGAGGGGUUUAGCAAGACUUCAAGGAGUGGUCAGAAACAGAAAUGCAAAGCGGCAGACAGCAAAUGCCAUGAAGCAAAUGCAGCUUCUAGUUAGGGUUCAAAUGCAAAUUCAGUCAAGGAGAACUCAGAUAUUCCAGACACUCCAAAGUCAAGCUUACACGAAUGAUAAAGAAGCUGAGAGCACCCUAAGCAAAUGGACUCAGGUGACUGGGGCAGGUAACCAUGAUGAUUGGGAUAAUAGUGUGCUAACUAAAGAAGAGGUAGAAGCAAGGCGUCGAGAAAAAGUGGAGGCUGUAAUCAAGAGGGAGAGAGCAAUGACCUAUGCAUAUUCUCACCAGUUGGGGAAAAGCAACCCUAAAUCAGCUGUGGACAUCCGAGCUAGUGGAAUUCCUUGGUGGUGGAACUGGUUGGAUCACCAGCUACCUUCAGGAAAUGAUUCUGAGAGCCAAUCUGCUUUGAAAGACGUCCAUGUAACUCCACCAAGGGCAAUUUCGGAGCACAAGCCAACCCCGUGGCGUCUAAGUCAUAACUUCAGACACCUCCAUUUGGAUAAUGACAGUCAUGAAUCAGUUACACCAAGGUCAACUAAGUCCGCAGUUCCACUAAGGGGAAAACUAAUGCAUACUCCCAGAAGAACAUCAUCACCGAUGAGCAGUACGAGCGUAUCAAAUUACUCAAGACGCCGAGCUAGUGCUGCUAAUUCCCCUUUCAGUCACUCCUUCAAGGAUGAUGACAGCCUCACGAGCUGUCCUCCUUUUUCAGGUCCAAGUUACAUGUCACCAACCAUCUCAGCCAGAGCUAAAUUCAGAGGAAAAAGCAUUCCUGAGGAGAGAAACACAGGUAAUACCCCAUCAAACAGCUCAAGAAGGAGGUUAUCGUUCCCUUUGACUCCAAGGUCUGGCAAAGAUGCUACUUCUCUAAGGGAUCACGACUCUACAGGAGAUCAUAUGAGUGUGGGUUCUACUGCUUCGACGCCCUCUGUAGUUCGAAGGAAACCAUUUAACAGAUUUGUGUGAUAAUAUAUCUGUUACGACUUCUUUUGACAUCUGUAUUUAGCUCCGAACGUGGUGGUUUUUCUUCUUUUCUUUUGAUGUGUAUUUAAUGGUGUAUGAUGUUCACACAAUACUGAUGUAAAAUAAUGAAGUAUGUCAAUCCAGACGGUUUUGCAAAGAUUCAGUGUGCCCAUUCUCUUUUGUUAAGGGAAAGAAGUCAGGUGUUUCAAUGUUC